GCCGCUCCGCCCCUGGCCCCGUCCCCCCGGCCCCGCCCGCCAGGAGCCGAGAUGCUGCCCGUGCCCCUCCCACUGCCCGCUCAUUCGGGCGCCGGCACCUGCCGGCCUGUCCGCUCCCUGCUUAUACUUUGCACGCUCGCAGCCACCUUUCCGCACACCUGUCCCCUUUCCACGCACCUGUGUCCGGCAGCCCGCACAUGUGUGGGAGCGCUGCCUCCUCGCCAGCUGUCCGGGAAGUUCAGCGCCGCUCUCCCACGGGCGUGGGACCGCCCCACCCACCUGUCCGUGACUGCAGCUCCGGCCGGGAGGGCGGCAGGUGGGCCCCGGCGCUGCUGGCUCCUUGUGGGACAGGGCCGCGGCGGGGGCGCAGGACGUUCUCCCAUCGAGAGGACCAGGCGGCGGUCCCUGGACCCUUCCCCGGGUGCACAGCGGCGGCUGCGCCAGCGGGGGCAGGAUGGGCCGGCCGAGCGCACCUCCAUCCGCCCUCGCGACGCCCACGCUGGCCCAGACGCGGGAUUUGGGGUGGAGGACGCUGGGCUGGGAACCAGCAGCUUGGGACGGCCGGGUAGUUCGGGCCUUGAGGAGUCCCACACCCUGACAGCUGGCGCCCCCCACGCCCCGCCUAGCUCUCCUCGGCCUGGGGACACCGGCUGCCAGGCCUCUCCAGUUUCAGCCUUUCCUGGGAGGACUUCCUGGAAGAGGGGGCUUCUGGCCCCAGAAAGAGAGGCUGCUCUGGGGGAUGGAGGAGGUGCUGGGAUGGUGACUCCGCGGAGUCGAGGGUGUGAGGCGGGAUGUGGGCAGGCCGUGAGGUUUGUGUUGCAAGACUGGGAGGCAGGAUGAGGGGAGGCCAUGGGGCGGCUGGAGGUGCGGCCUGGGAGCCCUGCGUGCUGGGCCCUGGGCAGGGACGGCAGGCGAGACGUGUGGAGGAAGAGCCGCGAAGAGCUGGGCGCUGUCUUCUCCACGCCUCCGUUUCUUCAUCUGCUCCUGGGGCCGCCUGCCUGGUAGCGGAGAUUGAAUCGCAUGUUGACGUCUAUUAUGAUGAUUAAUGUUCUUGUCAUUCCCGUCACUAGCAGGUCUGGACAGGCCGAGAUGACGCCGAGCCCCCUGUUGCUGCUCCUGCUGCUGCCGCUGCUGCUGGGGGCCUUCCCGCCGGCCGCCGCCGCCCGAGGCCCCCCAAGGAUGGCGGACAAGGUGGUCCCACGGCAGGUGGCCCGGCUGGGCCGCACUGUACGGCUGCAGUGCCCAGUGGAAGGGGACCCGCCGCCGCUGACCAUGUGGACCAAGGAUGGCCGCACCAUCCACAGCGGCUGGAGCCGCUUCCGCGUGCUGCCGCAGGGGCUGAAGGUGAAGCAGGUGGAGCGGGAGGAUGCCGGCGUGUACGUGUGCAAGGCCACCAACGGCUUCGGCAGCCUAAGCGUCAACUACACCCUCGUCGUGCUGGAUGACAUUAGCCCAGGGAAGGAGAGCCUGGGGCCCGACAGCUCCUCUGGGGGUCAAGAGGACCCCGCCAGCCAGCAGUGGGCACGACCGCGCUUCACACAGCCCUCCAAGAUGAGGCGCCGGGUGAUCGCACGGCCCGUGGGUAGCUCCGUGCGGCUCAAGUGCGUGGCCAGCGGGCACCCUCGGCCCGACAUCACGUGGAUGAAGGACGACCAGGCCUUGACGCGCCCAGAGGCCGCCGAGCCCAGGAAGAAGAAGUGGACGCUGAGCCUGAAGAACCUGCGGCCGGAGGACAGCGGCAAAUACACCUGCCGCGUGUCGAACCGCGCGGGCGCCAUCAACGCCACCUACAAGGUGGAUGUGAUCCAGCGGACCCGCUCCAAGCCCGUGCUCACAGGCACGCACCCCGUGAACACGACAGUGGACUUCGGGGGGACCACGUCCUUCCAGUGCAAGGUGCGCAGUGACGUGAAGCCGGUGAUCCAGUGGCUGAAGCGCGUGGAGUACGGCGCCGAGGGCCGCCACAACUCCACCAUCGAUGUGGGCGGCCAGAAGUUCGUGGUGCUGCCUACGGGUGACGUGUGGUCGCGGCCCGACGGCUCCUACCUCAAUAAGCUGCUCAUCACCCGUGCCCGCCAGGACGAUGCGGGCAUGUACAUCUGCCUCGGCGCCAACACCAUGGGCUACAGCUUCCGCAGCGCCUUCCUCACCGUGCUGCCAGGUGCGCGGCUGCCACGCCACGCCACACCAUGCUGGUGCCCGGACCCGCCCCCUGGGCCCAGCGUCCCACCCACCGGGUGGGGCCCCACCCUUCCCUCCCGGGCCGUGCUGGCCAGGUCAUCUGCCGAGGGAGGGCAGCCCAGGGGCACCGUCUCCACAGCCCCUGGGAUGGGUCUGGGGUGCUCUCCUGGUCUUUGUGUUGGCGUUCCCCUCCCUACCUCCUUUCCUCUCGCUCUUGCAGACCCAAAACCGCCAGGGCCACCUGUGGCCUCCUCGUCCUCGGCCACUAGCCUGCCGUGGCCCGUGGUCAUCGGCAUCCCAGCCGGCGCUGUCUUCAUCCUGGGCACCCUGCUCCUGUGGCUUUGCCAGGCCCAGAAGAAGCCGUGCACCCCCGCGCCUGCCCCUCCCCUGCCUGGGCACCGCCCGCUGGGGACGGCCCGCGACCGCAGCGGAGACAAGGACCUUCCCUCGUUGGCCGCCCUCAGCGCUGGCCCUGGUGUGGGGCUGUGUGAGGAGCAUGGGUCUCCGGCAGCCCCCCAGCACUUACUGGGCCCAGGCCCAGUUGCUGGCCCUAAGUUGUACCCCAAACUCUACACAGACAUCCACACACACACACACACACACUCACACACACACUCACACGUGGAGGGCAAGGUCCACCAGCACAUCCACUAUCAGUGCUAGAUGGCACCGUGUCUGCAGUGGGCACGGGGGGGCCGGCCAGACAGGCAGACUGGGAGGAUGGAGGACGGAGCUGCAGACGAAGGCAGGGGACCCAUUGCGAGGAGGAAAGGCCAGCACCCUGGGCACUCUGUGUGUGAGGCAUAGCCCCUCGACACACACACAGACACACACACUGCCUGGAUGCAUGUAUGCACACACACAUGCACACACGCAUGCACACGCGCACACACAUGCUCCCUGAAGGCACACGCACAUACACAGAUAUGCCGCCUGGGCACACAGAUAAGCUGCCCAAACGCACGCACACGCACAGAGACAUGCCAGAACAUACAAGGACAUGCUGCCUGAACAUACACACAGAUACGCUUCCUGGACACACCCAUGCGCAGAUGUGCUGCCUGGACACACACACACACACACACACACACACACACGGAUAUGCUGUCUGGACACACGCACACACGUGCAGAUAUGGUAUCCGGACACACACGUGCACAGAUAUGCUGCCUGGACACACACACAGAUAAUGCUGCCUUGACACACACAUGCGCAGAUAUUGCCUGGACACACACACGUGCACAGAUAAGCUGUCUGGACACGCACACACGUGCAGAUAUGCUGUCUGGAUACACACACAUGCACACAUGCAGAUAUGCUGCCUGGACACACACUUCCAGACACACAUGCACACACAGGCGCAGAUAUGCUGUCUUGUCACAGACACACACACGCAGACAUGCUGUCCGGACACACACACACAAGCACAGAUAUGCUGUCUGGACACACACAUGCACGCAGAUAUGCUGCCUGGACACACACACACACAGAUAAUGCUGCCUCGACACUCACACACGUGCAGAUAUUGCCUGGACACACACGUGCACAGAUAUGCUGUCCGGAUACACACGCAUGCACACAUGCAGAUAUGCUGCCUGGGCACACACUUCCGGACACAUGCACACACAGGUGCAGAUAUGCUGCCUGGACACACGCAGACUGACGUGCUUUUGGGAGGGUGUGCCGUGAGGCCUGCAGUACAUGUGCCGUGAGGCUCAUAGUUGAUGAGGGACUCUCCCUGCUCCACCGUCACUCCCCUAACUCUACCCGCCUCUGUCCCCGCCUCCAUCCCUGCCUCUGUUCCCUGGCCUUGGCGGCUAUUUUUGCUAUCUGCCUUGGGUGCCCAGGAGUCCCCUACUGCUGUGGGCUGGGGCUGGGGGCACAGCAGCCCCAAGCCUGAGAGGCUGGAGCCCAUGGCAAGUGGCUCACCCCCACUGCAUUCUCCCCCUGACACAGAGAAGGGGCCUUGGUAUUUAUAUUUAAGAAAUGAAGAUAAUAUUAAUAAUGAUGGAAGGAAGACUGGGUUGCAGGGACUGUGGUCUCUCCUGGGGCCCGGGACCCGCCUGGUCUUUCAGCCAUGCUGAUGACCACACCCCGUCCAGGCCAGACACCACCACCACCCCCCCCACUGUCGUGGUGGCCCCAGAUCUCUGUAAUUUUAUAUAGAGUUUGAGCUGAAGCCCCGUAUAUUUAAUUUAUUUUGUUAAACAUGAAAGUGCAUCCUUUCCCUCCA